AUGAACUUCACCUUAUUCUCGGGUACUUCCGAGCAGCCUCGCUUACCACAGGAUCCAUCAGCGGAGCCUUUUGAACUUAAAGCCGUUGCAGGACCCGAUAUCUGGCGGACCCCUUCUUCUGCUGGAGGAAGAGACGACUUCAACGGCCCCAUUUAUGUAACUCCUCUUUCUCUAGAUUCGUUCAAGAGAGCCCAGGUCACGAUAUCCGCCAACUUCCAGGCGCCGUACUCCCAGGGCGGCCUUAUCUUAUUUAUGCCCGAGUCUGAUCCGACUGUCGAUGCCGAUGGACAGUCGUCGCGCCUUCACGAAUCACCCAGCACAUGGAUCAAAGCUGGCAUCGAGCUAGUUGAUGACCAACUCUUCGCCUCUGUAGCAGCGGGCAAACCAUAUUCUGACUGGAGUUUGACUAGACUGGGCGAGAAUACUGCGACAUUUGAGAUGGAAAAGAAAAAUGGAUCUCUCUGGAUUUACGUCGUUGGGUCUGAUGGAAACAGGACACCAUUGAGGAAGUUGACGUGGGUAUUUGAUAUGAAGCCACAGCGGGAUGUGUGGGUUGGUGUAGCUGCUUGCAGUGUGCAUCAAGCCUAG